UGAAAUGGUCGACCUUAGCACAUUCAUACCUCCAUUACCAGAUGAAUUACAAAAAUUGAUAGACGAAAAUAAGGAGUUGCAGGAAUCUCAAAAAUCGCUUAUCGUUUACAUACCCGGAGUAAUUUUGGAAAUAUCUGUUCUGUUGACAGAAAAAUAUCCAACUUAUUUAUCAAGUCCAUUUGGUGAGAAACAUGAUCAGACUCACAGUCGCCUAAAACAUUCAUGUAAAUAUUAUCGAUCAAAAUGGAAAUCAUCGACCAGUGAAACAGUACCUAGUACUGUAAGAAAGCCGGGCAUGAGAGCAGAAUUACGGGCAUCCAGGAAUUCUAGAAUUGCUGCAACCACCAAAGUCAAUGCGAAAGAAUUACUGGAAAAAUAUCCAGCUCUACGUAAUAAAGACGUGCUACUUUUGGAAUUCAGUGAACAGGUAAAAUUGGAUGUCCCAGAUAUGCAGAAAAAUUGGGAAGAGUCACUACCUAAAAUUAUGAGUCAUUUAAACAUUCCUUCAAAAAAUCUUUCCAUCGACGGACAGACUAUGUUUGUAUUGUUUUACCUUCCAAAAUUAUUUUCGAAGGCUAGAGAAACUGGUAAAAUUUUGAACUUACACCCUGCUGGAACGCCAAUAGAGAAAACUGUUCCUGAUGCAAAAAAUGCAUUAAAAUUAAUUGCAAUUUCUGAUAAGCCGUUGGAUAAAUUAUAUUCGAUGUGUUACGUUGACGGCAAUCCAAUUUUUGGAUCGCAUGCAAUGGAUGAGAAUUAUAUUCCCGAGGAUCCCGUUAAUGAUCCUUCUGAUAAUGAAAAUUUCAGCGAUGUUUCUGACCCUGAGGACAGCGAUGAUGAAAUUGAUGAUGUAGAUGAUACUCCUGAGAAGCGAAUGAUUGGAGAAUACCUUCUAUACUUAAGGAGCAGUACUCGAGCUACCAAUUAAGAUGUUAUAAACAUUCUAUGGAAAAUGCAAGAUGUGGUGAAAUGAUGUUGAAGAAAUUAUUAAUAAUAUCGACUGCAGUCAAGGACUUAACAGCAUACAAAAGAAAGAUCGGUAUUUCCAAAAAAAAUUUAAUGUUGUGGCCCC